AUGCGUUACACCUCCUUUGAUGAGGCAGUUCACAUUGUGAGAAAUUGUGGGGCCGAGAUGGCGAAAUGUGAUAUAAAAUCAGCUAUUACACCUCCUUUGACGAGGCAGUUCACAUGGGCUCAUACAGAUAUUCAUUACCUCCCCAUGAAAAAUCAAACCACAAUCACAGAAUUUAUUCUUUUGGGACUCUCAGAAAAUCGGACCAUGAUCACAGAAUUUAUGCUUUUGGGACUUUCAAGUGAUCCACAAGCACAGGUUCUUCUCUUCUUUGUGUUCUUAAUAAUAUAUGCCACAACGUUCAUUGGAAACUUUGUCAUCAUUUCUGUAGUCAAGAAUGAACCAAGCCUACAAGCACCCAUGUUCUUCUUUCUCAGUCAUCUGGCCCUUGUUGACAUCUGCUACUCCUCCGUCACUGUCCCAAAGAUGCUGGAAACACUUGUAAGUAAGAAGAAAUCCAUUUCCCUGGUGGGUUGCAUUACACAGAUUUUUUUCUUUAUACAUUUCGCUUGUACUGAUAUUUUUCUGCUCUCAGCCAUGGCCUAUGACAGAUAUGUCGCUAUCUGUGACCCACUCCAUUAUUCAAUAGUCAUGACCAAACCAGUGUGCUGGAAACUGGUGGGUGGAGCCUGGGUUACUGGCUUCGUUGAUGCAACGCUCAAUGCAAUGCCUUUCGUAGGUUUGAACUUCUGUGGGAAUGAUCUAAUUAGUCACUACACCUGUGAAAUAUCUGCAGUUCUGAGUUUAUCUUGCAAGGAAACUUCCAUCAAUUAUAGGCUGGCAUUUGCUACUUGUUUUCUCUUUGGUUUCAGUUCCUUCCUCCUCAUCCUGAUCUCUUACAUUUAUAUUAUUCCAACCAUAAUCAAGAUUCAGUCCACAAAAGGCAGGAAUAAAGCCUUCUCCACCUGCACUUCCCAUCUCAUCGUGGUCUGCAUGUUUUAUCUUUCGGCUUUUUCCAGAUACUUGCAGCCACAUUCUGAGUCCUUCACAGACCUUGACAAAGUAAUCUCUAUCCAAUACUUAAUUUUAACUCCUAUGUUCAAUCCAAUCAUAUACAGUCUGAAAAACAAAGAAUUGAAAAAUCUUCUAUGGAAAAUGUUUGGGAAACAUGAGUAA